CGCUGACUCGUCUCAGGGGCGACAAGUAUCAGUACCUCUACCAUUUUCUCCACGCCUGCUACCUGUAGAGGUCUUGCCGGCCUGCGAAUUGAUGUCCCGUCACGAUUGCCCGCAAUAGCACUUUGUCUUGUCCUUUGCGAUAUGAAUGAUUCCGGCAACCCCGACCAUAGCCUAGCCCCGGCAGUGACCGCCUCCCGGGCCAGGACUUCCCCCCCGCGUGCCCGCAAAUCAGUCGGCUCGCUCGACAAGAAACGCGAGCGUGACCGGCGUGCCCAGCAGAACCUGCGCACCAAGCGCCUAGAGCGCAUCCAAGAGCUCGAGCAGCGCAUAGUGAUGCUCGACGACAAAGUGCGGAAGUACCAUUACAUUUGUGACCGCCUGUCCCAGGAGAACAAACUCCUGCGCACGCGUCAAAAUGACAUCCGGCACUUGGUCGCUUCCUGGGGUCCCGAAGACGGCCUCUUCCUGGAACCGAGCUUUAGCACCGAGGCUUCAUUGGUGGGCGAUACGGGCUUUCUAGGCGCUGUGCCUGAACCAUGGCCCACCGCCGUCAUCUCGGAGACCGAGUCGGCGGCCCAGGCCAUGAUGGAGUUCAGACGGGGCAGCCCAGAAGGGAUGGCAUUCUCACCGCCCGAGUUGCCGACGGAUUCUGCAAUUCCUCGCUGGAGCAUGACGCCCUUCCACGAUGAUGACGAUGCUAUCAUGACCGACUGCUUCAGGCUCUGGCUGCAGAGGCCAGACUUGGUCGAGUCGUCUCCGGAGUCUCCCACGCCGCUGGAACUCCUUUACGGGUCUAAACGCAACUUUCUGGCAGACGUGAUACACCAAGCCUUACGGAAAUGCCCUUACCUGGACCCUGAGCGACUGGCCGUCGGUUGGUUGUGCUACUACUUCAUCAAGUGGAUGAUAUGUCCGACCGAAGCGGCCUACUUACGCCUGCAGCCAUGGCAGCUGCCUGUCGAGGAGCAACUGCAGAAGAAGCAUCCUUACUUCAUCGACCUGCUGUGGUUUCCUGGCCUACGGGCCAACAUGAUUAACAAGCAGCACCAAUAUGACCUCGCGGAUGCCUUCGCUCUCUUGACUUGUUGCGCCAAGGUGCGGUGGCCAUGGGGCAAGAACUUCCUCGAACCUGGCGAGGACGGCCAGUUCCGGAUGGUGCCAGAGUUCUAUGACACCUUCACAAGGAUCGAGGGAUGGGGCCUAACAGACGAGCUCAUAAUGCGGUACCCGGCGAUUGUGGACGGGUUAGAUAUUGAGUCGAUACGCUUCCGGAUUGCCUGA